CUGGCUCGGCCCCCAGGUUGGAGGAGCCCGGAGUCCGCCCUCCGAGCCACAGCCCGGCAGCGGCGGCGGCGGCGGCUGCAGUCUGGAGGGUCCAUGCUUGUGAUUCUCAAUGGAGAGUAAAAACAUAGAUUCAUAAUGAAAACCAGCCCCCGUCGGCCACUGAUUCUCAAAAGACGGAGGCUGCCCCUUCCCGUUCAAAAUGCCUCAGGUGAAACAUCAGAGGAGGAACCUAAGAGAGUCCCUGCCCAACAGGAGCCUAGUCAAGCACAGGCCUCCAAGGAGGUGGCAGAGUCAAACUCCUGCAAGUUUCCAGCUGGGAUCAAGAUUAUUAACCAUCCAACCAUGCCCAAUACCCAAGUGGUGGCCAUCCCCAACAACGCCAAUAUCCAGAGCAUCAUCACAGCCUUGACUGCCAAAGGCAAAGAGAGUGGCAGCAGUGGGCCCAACAAAUUCAUCCUCAUCAGCUGUGGGGGAGCCCCAACUCACCCUCCAGGACUCCAGCCUCAAGCCCAAACCAGCAAUGAUGCUAAGAAGACGGAAGUGAUCACUGAGAUGUUGGGACCAAAACCUGCAGCUGGGGAUGUGAAUGUUCCUAGAGCACCUGGAACCCUUCUGGGGCAGAGACGGGAGAGCUGUGGCAGUGAGGCAGCAGGCUGCACUCUUGACAACAGCUUAACCAACAUCCAGUGGCUUGGAAAGAUGAGCUCUGAUGGACUGGGAUCCUGUGGCAUCAAGCAAGAGGUGGAGGAAAAGGAGAAUUGUCACCUGGAGCAGAGACCGGUUAAGGUUGAGGAGGCCUCAGGAGCAUCGACGUCCUGGCAGGACUCUGUGUCUGAGCGGCCGCCCUACUCUUACAUGGCCAUGAUACAAUUCGCCAUCAACAGCACCGAGAGGAAGCGCAUGACCCUGAAAGACAUCUAUACUUGGAUUGAGGACCACUUCCCCUAUUUUAAGCACAUUGCCAAGCCAGGCUGGAAGAACUCCAUUCGCCACAACCUUUCCCUCCAUGACAUGUUCGUUCGGGAGACGUCUGCCAAUGGCAAGGUUUCCUUCUGGACCAUUCACCCCAGUGCCAAUCGCUACUUAACGUUGGACCAGGUGUUUAAGCAGCAGCAGAAACGACCCAAUCCUGAGCUCCGCCGGAACGUGACCGUCAAAACUGAACUCCCGCUGGGCGCACGGCGGAAGAUGAAGCCGCUGCUACCUCGGGUCAGCUCGUACCUGGUGCCCAUCCAGUUCCCAGUGAAUCAGUCACUGGUGCUGCAGCCCUCCGUGAAGGUGCUGCUGCCCCUGGCGGCUUCCCUCAUGAGCUCGGAGCUCGCCCGCCACAGCAAGCGAGUCCGCAUCGCCCCCAAGGUGCUGCUCGCUGACGAGGGGGCAGCCGCUCUCCCCACUGCAGGACCCGUGAAAGAGGAGAAGCUCCUGCGUGGAGAAGGGCUGUCUCCUCUGCUUCCAGUUCAGUCCAUCAAGGAGGAAGAAAUCCAGCCUGGGGAGGAAACGCUGCACUUAGUGAGGCCCAUCAAAGUGGAGAGCCCUCCCUUGGAAGAGUGGCCCUCCCUGUCCCCAUCUUUCAAAGAGGAAUCAUCUCACUCCUGGGAGGAUUCGUCCCACUCUCCCACCCCAAAGUCCAAGAAGUCCUACAGCGGAAUCAAGUCCCCAGCCCAGUGCGUCUCGGAAAUGCUCGUGAUCAAGCGCAGGGAGAGGAGGGAGAGGAGCCGGUCUCGAAGGAAACAGCAUCUGCUGCCUCCCUGCCUCGAUGAGCCCGAGCUGCUCUUCUCAGAGGGCCCCAACACUUCCCAGCCUGCCACGGAGCUUCCUUUCCUGGCAGACUCCUCUGAGCCCGGCGCCCGGCUCGGCCACUCCCGGGAGGAGGAAGGACCUUUUAAGACACCCAUUAAGGAGACGCUGCCCAUCUCCUCCACCCCGAGCAAAUCUGUCCUCCCCAGAACCCCCGAAUCCUGGAAGCUCACACCCCCAGCCAAAGUGGGAGGGCUGGAUUUCAGCCCAGUACGAACCCCCCACGGUGCCUUUGGCCCCCUGCCUGACUCCCUGGGGCUGAUGGAUCUCAGCACCACCCCGCUGAAAAGCAUUCCCCUCUUUGACUCACCCCGAGAGCUCCUCAAUUCAGAACCCUUUGACCUCCCCUCUGACCCCUUUGGCAGCUCUUGCCCCACAGAUAUCGAGGUCCCCAAGCCAGGCCCCCCGGAGCCACAGGCUCCCAGCCUUUCAGCCAACCGUUCUCUGACGGAAGGCCUGGUUCUGGACACAAUGAAUGACAGCCUCAGCAAGAUCCUGCUGGACAUCAGCUUCCCCGGCCUGGAGGAGGACCCACUGGGCCCUGACGGCAUCAGCUGGUCCCAGUUCAUUCCUGAGCUACGGUAG